AUGACAUUGAAGGUGAAAGAAUUCUGUGAAGCUGAACAAAAGAAUCAAGGUGUUUUAAUACCACUGAACAAUGUUCGGAAGAGAGUCGCCGCCAUAACAGGUGUGUCAGAGAAAACUAUAACAAGAAUUACAAAAGAAGGGUUCGGUGGCAAGGAAUGCGUGGCGUCGUAUAAAAGCUCGGUCGUUGCCUCCAGCCUGCGCGUCCUCGGGGCAUCGAUGGGGGCGACGCACUACGCCCUCUGCCGGCCGAAUGACAAA